AUGCAGCCCGGGAUAUCAAGUGACUUACAUAAUUCCUGGAAGAGGGCCCGACCGGGCUUCCGGAGGUUGGAGACUCGAGGCCGGGGCAGCCCUGGACGCCGUCCCGCUCUGGCCGCCCCCACCGGCGCGGCCUAUGCGGGAGUCGGCCAGCCUGGCGGGGCCCGCGGCACAGGUGUUUGCAAGAGCAGGCCCUUGGACUUGGUGUUUAUCAUUGAUAGCUCCCAUAGUGUACGGCCCCUGGAGUUCACCAAAGUGAAAACAUUUGUCUCACGGAUAAUCGACACUCUGGACACUGAGGCUGUGGACACACGGGUGGCAGUGGUGAACUACGCUAGCACAGUGAAGAUUGAGUUUCAUCUCGGUACCCACUCGGAUAAGCAGUCCAUGAAUCGGGCCAUGGCGUGGAUCACACCCUUGUCUACAGGCACCAUGUCCGGCCUGGCCAUCCAGACAGCGAUGGAUGAAGCCUUUACAGUGGAGGCAGGAGCUUGGGGGCCCACUUCCAACAUCCCUAAGGUGGCCAUCAUCAUGACAGAUGGGCGGCCCCAGGACCAGGUGAACGAGGUGGCGGCUCGGGCUGAGCUCUACGCUGUGGGUGUGGACGGGGCAGACAUGGAGUCUCUCAAGAUGAUGGCCAGUGAACCCCUGGACGAGCACAUUUUCUACGUGGAGAGCUAUGGGGUCAUUGAGAAACUUUCCUCUAGAUUCCAGAAAACCUUCUGUGCUCUGGACCCAUGCGUGCUUGGCACACACCAGUGCCAGCACGUGUGUGUCAGUGACGGGGGAGGCAAGCACCACUGUGAGUGCAGCCAAGGCUAUUCCCUGAAUGCUGACAAGAAGACGUGUUCAGCUAUUGAUAAGUGUGCUCUUAACACUCAUGGGUGUGAACACAUCUGUGUGAACGACAGAGCGGGCUCCUACCACUGUGAGUGCUACGAGGGUUAUACAUUAAAUGAAGACAGGAAAACGUGUUCCGCUCAAGAUCAGUGUGCGCUUGGUACACAUGGCUGUCAGCACGUUUGUGUGAAUGACAGAGCUGGAUCCUACCACUGUGAAUGUUAUGAGGGCUACACUCUGAAUGAAGAUAAAAAAAACAUGUUCAGUUCGUAACAAGUGUGUUCUGGGCUCUCAUGUUGCCAGCACAUUUGUGUGUGAAUGACAGGGCCGCCUCUUCCCACUGCGACUGUUACAAUGACUACACCUUGAAUGAAGACAAGAAGACAUGUUCAGGUAAGACUGUCCCUUUAAGCCUAGUUCAUGUGGCUAGGACAGUCUUCUAGGAGUAAGCUCUCUUGUCUUCAAGUCUGGAGCACAGUUCUGAGUCUUGCUCCUGGUCAGAAUCCUCCAGUGGUUCCAGGCUGUCUUCAGAAUGGAAUAAUUCUACUUUUCCACCAGGCAUUCUUUCUUCUGCGAUCUGACUUCAUCAUUUAUCUGUUUUUUUUAAUACAAAUUUAUAGAUUAAAUAAGCAAUGAUGGAAAAUAACAGAAUAGGGGUUGGAGGAAACUAUUUCAGGUUGGGGGGCUCUCUCUGAGGAGGUGACAUUUGAAACCUGAGAACUGGCAGCAGGUAAGUUGAGACUGGAGGCUGGCCGGAGGAGGGGGAGCAAUGCUAGGCCCUGUGUGGUGGCUUUAGAGGGGAGAGAAAGUGAAAGGCCACCAGUGUGACAGAAGCAUGACCAGCCAGGAGGAAUGUGGUGCAAGCUAGUUCAGAGAGUUAGGCAGGGGCCAGAUCAUGCUGAUAUCCUGGGGCAAGGGAAAUUCUAUGAGAAAUGGGAAGUCAUGGAGAGUUUGAAGCAGAGGAAUGACCUAAUGCUGUUUAUAUUUUUAAAAGUCACUCUAGCUGCUGUGUGAAGAGUAGAUUGAAGAGGAUGGAGAGCAGAGGAAAUCCAGUUUGGAGGCCAUUGCAGUUGGGCUAGGACAGUGGCAUUGACGAUAGAAGUAAACUGAUUCCAGAUAUGUUUUGGAGGGAGGAUGAAUAGGGCUCGGUGAUAAACUGGAUGUUGGGGAUAGAAUGAGGGAGGAGUAAGGAUGGCUUUCGUAUUCCACUUGAGCAGCUGGGGGGAUGGGGCAUCUUUACUGAGGGAAGACUGAGAGUGAAGCAUAUUUGGGGAAGAAAACUCAAGGGUUUUGGACUGGUGUUUUUUAUGCUCCUGUAGAUUGUAAGCCCC